AUGAACUCCUUCCGUGUCGCCCGCGCCGCCCUGCGCGUUCGCCCUACCGCUUUCGCCGCUCCUCUUGCCCGUAGAGGCUACGCCGAUGUCGCCUCGGACAAGAUCCAGCUGUCUCUGUCCCUCCCUCACCAAGUCAACAUUCCCGCCGAGACUGGUGACAUGGGUGUCCUCGCCAGCCACGUUCCCUCCAUCGAGCAGCUGAGACCCGGUCUCGUUGAGGUUAUCGAGGAGUCCGCCGGCAGCAAGCAGUUCUUCCGUACCAUCAACGCCGUUGAGGGUUACCCUCUCGAGGACUUCAGCGCUGAGAUUGCCGAGGCUCAGAAGAUUGCAAGUGGCAGCGGCAGCGAGCAGGACAUUGCCGAGGCCAAGAUCGAGCUUGAGGUUUUGGAGAGCCUCCAGGGUUUCCUCAAAUAA